ACGGGUCCAGCUCACACCGGCUGCACUUCCUCUCUAGGUCAUGUGAUUCUGAGUUGCCUUUUACUAGACGUCGACGGGUAGACUUUUUUUGGCCUCAGCACAGUACUGAAGUCGCCUUAAUUUUAAAAUCGUCGCUUCUAAGGCAUCGUAAGUUUUGUUUAAUAAGCACACGUUUGUCGCCAUGGCGGAUCAGGGAUUCGCAAUCACCAUUUCGGUCAUGACGCUGUUUUGGGGACUUAUUGGAGGAGUUGUGCCAUGGUUCAUCCCCAAAGGACCAAACAGAGGGGUUAUUGUCACUAUGCUGGUAUUGACUGCAGUUUGCUGCUACCUCUUCUGGUUGAUAGCCAUUCUGGCCCAGCUUAACCCCCUGUUCGGACCCUCCCUGUCCACCGACACUAUUUGGUAUCUGUACUAUCACUGGCCUUGAGCUUGCGCUCCCUGUACUUCCUGCUCUAGAGCUUCAGACCACCUGACACUGCAGUGCCCCAGAGGAUGUUUUAUGGCUCCAAAGAAUCAUUCCUUCCCAAGUACCUGAAAACACUUUUGGAGUGAUGACCGAACCAGUGCCUUAUUUCUAAAUGAUUUUCAAAGGACUAAAAGAUCACACCGAUGUGCUUUACUAUAAAUUAAAAGCCACCUUUGGUCUUGUUUAUAUGUUGUGUAUUUUGUCUUAAAUGCUAUUGUCAAUAUAAAUUACAGUUUAAUAAAUUAUGUGGUGUUACACAUGGUCUUUACUUUGUGUGUUCAUGUUGUAUGUGAUCU